AUGCUGAACCACGAGCCGCAGCAGCAAAAGCAACAACAAGACCAGCAGCUACAGCUAGAGCAGGAACAAGAUUCUCCAACUUCGGCGUGUGCCUGCAAGGCCCUCCUGCAGGAUCCUGGGACAUGGGGAGAAGAUGAUCUUUACGAAGAUUCUACGUUUCCUCGUGUUCUGUCGGAUGAUUCCUUGCAGCCUUCCGAGAAUGGGGAAAAACCUUCAGAGUUUGUGAAGGGACUGCUGUGGGUGCGGCCUGACGAAAUCGUCCAGCGCAUUCAUAAGCAACAGUCCAAGGCCCAGCGGGCCUCGCGCCCUCAGCAGCAGCAACAACCACAGGAACAGUCGAUGCAACAGGAGCAGGCAGAGAAGACCGCUAUUCUGUUCAGCAACAACAGAAUUGCGUCAACGGUGGCACAGGGCAUUCUGCCUUCGCAUGCAUUCGCUGGUGCUGCCAGUGGCCUAGCGGCGUCGAACCCUCGCGUCAUCAGAGAAGCUCUUGUACAUCCCCAAGAAUGGCGUGCGCGUGGGAUAUUUUGCGCUGCUUUCUUUCGAUCGGGGGAGCGCGAAGUGGUUUCCGUUGACACCCGUCUUCCUUGCCGCCUCGCGCAGCAGCCGAAAGAACAUAAUCGGAGGUCUCGCUGUGCCAGUAGAUCUGGCGGCUCGGAAAACCGCAAGAUUCGAAGCAGUACCAGAAAAGGAACCAUCUGGGCAGGGGCAACUCAACCGGCCAACGAGGGCUCUAUUGGUAAUACUGCGGCUGCAGGUGCGGACGUUAAACAGGAUGCAGCAGCUGGUCAAGAGUCCCCUACUGUGCAUUCAAAUGCAGCAAAGCAAAAGAACAUCCGCAACCAACGAGAACCUGCAGAAACACAAGCAGGUUGCUCUGAACCUGCCAUAGACUUCGCGUUCUCACACUGCCACGCUUUCGAAGAGGUGUGGCUUCCACUUCUGGAAAAGGCGUAUGCAAAGUUCCUCGGGUCGUACGAGGCAGUGGCACAGAGGGCUUUCAACCUUGGGGGCUGUUUUCUAACUUGCGUUGCUCGGGGGGCAGACCUCGAGAAAGACAACAUUUUGCCGGACAGACACUAUACAAUUGUCGACGUUGUCAGAGUGGAGGAGUUGAGGAUGCUGCGCCUUCACAACCCGUGGAAAGUUCCGACAUGGAGAGGGGAAUUUUCGGACUAUCAUCGUUCCUGGACACAGUACCCAGAUCUGAAAGACAAACUCAACUACAAGUUUGGAGACACUCCGGCAGCCUUUUGGAUGAAGUUUGAGACAUUUCUCGAGGUGUUUACUGACAUCUACUUCUGCCACAGCUUACCUCCGCAGCAGCGGGCUCCCCUCCUCCUGCAGCCCCGUGCGCGUCAAUCGCCCCGAACAUCCCCAGCAGAAACUGCUGCUCUUACCAGACAGGCGUAUGCAGAUACUGAAAACCCAGCGUCGAACUGGACGGCGCAAGAACCCAAGCGCGAUGCCACCUUUCCCCGGACAGGGCAAAGUGAAGUAUGGCGUUACGCUGGUGGCGCUGAGGUGUAUGUGACAGUGCAGGGAGACAGUUGGAGGGGGCUGUCUCUUUGUGGGUUGCCUCGAGAGUGGAGCCGCAGCCCUUCAGUCAUUGCUGCAGCAUCCCCCCAACAGACACCCCGCAGCAGCACGAGGAGCACCAAUGCCACAGGCAGCAGCGCAAACUCCUUCAACGCACCAACGGGGCCAUUUUCGGGGGGGCCCUGCAACACGUGGGCACUGCAGCAAGUGGAGACAACUCAAUCAGCUGCCUUCCAAACAGGAACCAAGAACACAGACUGCACAACAGCAGGACGAGCUGCUCCGGUUACUGCCGCUGCUGCGGGGGCUGGGGGAGCAGCAACAGCAGCCGCAACAAUACAAUCCGUACAGCAGUUGAGGAAGAGCACUAUCCGCAGCUGCACAUACUCCGCAGUUAGCCGUUCCUCAGCCUUUGUACGAUACGAACGCCAAGCCGAAGGGUUCGACACGGCAUGGGUGAACGCGCCGAUGUUCUUGGUGUCUGUACCCCCUUCCCCCACUUCUUCUAGUUCUUCUUCAACUCCUUCCUUCUCUUGUUCUUCUCCUGCUGCAGCUGCUGAUGCAGCUGAUAAUGCCGACGAUGCUGAUGACUUACAGCAUCAUCAUAAGAAGAAGGAGGGACACCUGCAGGACAUUGAACGGAAGCAGCAACAGCAACAAGUGGACGUUCUCCUUGCUAUCACUCAAGACUGCAGCCUGGACGUCUCGCCAAUCAGCAUGGCUGUCUUUAGAACGCGGGACUGCCGCCGCAUUUGGUCACAAGCGGAUGCAAAGCUGCUGGGAAUUUCCCAGGCCGUCUCUGAAGGUUAUCGGCCCGCUUGCGAGGAGCCGUGGAAAGGAGGUUGUUGUUCCGAGGCCAAGUGUAUGCACGGCGUGUUGCUGUACGUGGAGCGGCUGCCACCACCACAACACUAUGAAUUUUCGGGUGUAUGGACACGCGAUACAGCCG